CUACCCAUCACAAGUGCUUGCGCGCCGCUUACGUGCACACAGUCCACUUCAUGCAGUUGGUCAUUUUUGGAGAGGUUUGCUCAUCCUGUGUUGCGGAAGGGAGUCUUUGACAGAUAGAGAAUAAACAGUAAUAAAUAGUUCACACUUUGCCUGUUUACGCUCAACAUGGACCAAAAAGACACCGAAAUGAAUGAGAAGGGAGUUACUUCUUCGACCAGUGGAGUUGUGGUCCAAGUAAGAGAGAAGAAAGGACCUUUGCGUGCAGCUAUUCCAUACAUGCCAUUCCCAGUAGCUGUGUUAUGCCUAUUUCUCAACACUUUUGUACCUGGUUUAGGUACGUUCGUGUCUGCCUUCACGGUGCUGUGCGGAGCGCGGACAGACCUGCCUGACCGCCACAUGUGCUGUGUGUUUUGGCUGAACAUCGCAGCAGCCUUCAUCCAGAUCCUCACAGCCAUUGUCAUGGUGGGCUGGAUCAUGAGUAUUUUCUGGGGCAUGGACAUGGUCAUCCUGGCAAUUUCUGAUGGCUAUAGGGAUCAGAGGGUUCCCCAGCAGGUUUAAGGCUGGCCCAGCCCAGCUCAACGUGAAGCCUUGAUGUACAGUUGUCUCCUAACACAACAUCCCCCUUGGGGGAGAGCCAAGGCAGGAUGAUAUUCACAGGCUUAACCCCACCCUACCUACUGUACCGUAUGCUGCUGCAGCACCACUUCACAGCUCAGUGGUAGAAUGAGGAGCACGUCAACAUUGAUGGAGAGGUGUUUUCUACAUGUGCCCAAAGUGUCCUGUGAAGAAAAUAACAGAAUGAAUUAUGAAUAUGUGCCAACUGUAUGUACAGUACUAUACUGUGUGCUAAGGACUAUCCAUCCUGUCUGGGGCACUAAUUCAGUGUUCAGAGGUUUUUAUGAAAAAAAUGAAAUGUGCAGUUUAUUCCUCUGUGUAUAUUAUCAUUUGUUCAACCACACUCUUAUUAUGACUAGUAGACUUCAGUAGACUGAAGAUGGUACCAGUGCCUGUCAAGCCCGCCAGGAUUGUAUAGUAUGUGAUGUUAUUAAAGGUCCAAUGCAGCCGUUUUUAUCUCAAUAUCAAUCGUUUCUUGGUAACAAUUAAGUACCUGACUGUAAUAGUUUUCCGUUAAAAUGGUCAAAAAGAAACAAAAAGGGCAAUUACUCAAGCAAGAAUUUCGCUAGGACUGUCUGGGAGUGGUUUGAGUAGGGAGGGGAAAACUGAAAAUUUGCUGUUAUUGGCAGAGAGGUUU